AUGAAUUUGCAGCAGAUGUUCAGACCGAACAUACAGAUGCUGGGGAAAAUAGGACAAAGAGCAGACCCUCAAGAACUAAACGAAAUUCUUCAAAUGGAUUCAGAAAAAGAGAAUACAGAAAAGGAGAACGUGGACUUAGACCUUAAUGUUGUGCACCAGAGAGAUCAUUACAAUAAAACUUCAGCAGCAUGCCAAGCUAACCAGGAUGUAACAGAUGGUCAAGCUGACACAUUGUCUAAUUCACUUUGUGAGGUCUCAGCCAAUGACAGUGUUCGAAGUCAGAACAAACAACUUGAGGAUCCAGCAAUCAGUACAACAGAUUUUAAAGAUGUUGUGUUCAGAGACUGUAUAGAGGAAUCUUUGAACAUGGAGAACUACAGUGAUCAAGAGUUUGUUUCAACAAGCAAUGACAAGGAUAUGUGGAAACAUAGAUUCAGUCAGGACAUAUGUGCAAAUAAGACUGUUGUUAUAGAAUCAGAUGGCAUCAGCAACGACAAGCCGUUUGGUGCUGUGCAAAAGGAGGGACUUAAUCUAGAAGGCCACAUACCCAGUAUAUCCAAUAACAGCAGUAGAACAGAAGAACUGAUCACAGACUGUAAAGAAUCAACACAGGUUUUCAGAGAGAACUUUCAGGAUGAAUUUUUCAUGAAAGAGUGUCUUAAUUCAUCCACAAAUAACAAUAAUGACAUUUCAAUGCAAAACCAGCCAGAAGGAUCUGCUGUUAUAAGCGAAAUGGAUAUGUCGAAUGGAGUUCUUCAAAACACUGCAGAUGUUGUUCCAGAGGAAAUCAGAGCUACUGCUGCUAUAAAUGAACAAUCAAUUCUGGAUGAAGAACGAGCAUCUAUAAACAUGACUGUUCAGACCACAUCAACACAUUGUGAAGUUCUUAUUCCCACUUAUCAAAAAGCUCUUUCUUCAAUCUCACAGAGGAACACCAAGAAUGUAGUUAUCACCCUUACACGUGUCGAAGCUCUUUCUGAAGAAUCAGGUAUUGAUACUGAAAUGAUCCAACAAAGAGAAGAGAUUGCAAGUGGUUGCCUCUGUCAAGCUAUAUGCAAUGGAAGCAGUGCAGAAUCAGUCCAUUCACCUACCGCAAGCCAGAAGAGAGAGGUUCGAACUGGACAUUCUGAGAUAAGUGGUGACGAUAGGGAGUUUUUAGUUGGUUUUGACCCGUCUGGAAUCGAAGCUCACAGUUCCACUUCAACCAUGUUAGAUAAUCUCCAAAAGACUGAUUCUGACCCAAACUUUCUGGAACCAAUAGCUUCAGUAGUCCAACUGGAGGAACAGGAGGAUAUCAAAAUGCAGGAAGAAUCCCAAGACAAGGGAUAUUUAGAAAGAAAAACAGAUGUACCUCACAUGGGUCUAAGAGAAAAAGAUUGGGAGACACAGAUGCUGGAUGAAACAGAAAGUCUUGCGCAUACAGAAGGAGAAAUGGCCAGUUUGAAGAUAGAAAAAGAUGAAGUACAAAUGAUAAAAGAAGAGGCCAUAGUAGAUCUUGUAGAUACAGCCUAUGUGUUGAAAAGCCCAGAGGAUUCAUAUCCAUCUGAGGAAACCACAGACCCCCUUCUAAGAUCAGUUUCAAAUCAAACUGUCAUCUCCCCCUCUGCAGGAAAAGAGAAACCAUUCCAACUGUCAGCCCUCUUCUCUGGGCUGCGUAGUCCCAAAAAAGAAGCACAUGAGGAAAAAGAAACUCAAGAUCAACCUGAAAGCCCUGAUCAGACAAGGCCUGUAAAACAAGGGCUUUUCACUGAUCAGUCUAACAAGAAGGAGGCCAAGGGAGACUUCCUCGAACAGCUUACCCAGUUCCUCAGCUUGGACAGCAGCAAGGGGGAAGGCAAGAGAAGGCAAGAGAGCAUGCCAAGUCCUCCACUGUCUCCCAUCAGUCAGGACCCUGCAGAAGCAACAGAGACAGAGACAUGUCAAACUGUAAAGGAGCCAGUCAUUUCCCAGUCUGAGGAAACAAAGAAAUCUACAAAUACAGAGUCACCCUUUGAUGCCUUCAAGGCUUUCUUCACAAUUAAAACUGCCAAGAAGGAGACUUCUAAUUGCAUGGACUCAGAUGCAGUAAAGAGGAAGAUCAACAGGGACAAAGACGUUCUCCGAGCUUUCUUUGAUAGGAACUCAAGCAAGUCUAUAGAGAACAAAGGAACUAAUGAUUCCAAAUCUGAGGCAAGUGAGGAGCGCACACCAAGACGACUUCAGGCUAUCUGGCCUCCACCGAAACCCAAAGACAAGGAGGAAAAGAUUGGUCUCAAAUACACAGAAGCAGAGCAUCAGGCAGCUCUUCUGCAGCUGAAAAGAGCAUGCAAUGAAGAGGUGGAGAAGUUACAGGUCGACUUCAAACUUCAGCUCUUCCGGAUACAUGAGAAGAACGAAGAGGUUCUGUCCAAACUUGGGGCAACCAUUGUAAGCUUACAAAGAGAGAGGGUCAAAGAUAAUCAUAGAGAUAUUGCUGUGUCCACUGAAGACUAUAUCAAACCACGGGCCUUUCACUCUGUGGCCAUUCAGACAGAGACAUUUAUAAAGUCUGAUGAGGCCAAGGAAGCCCAGAGCAGGAGCCUUGACCCUCAGCCUAGUGUGCCAAAAAAUGUUGAUCUUAACUCAACAAAAAACCUUAACUUCAUUGGUAAACAGAGGACAGUUCCUCCUCCCCUAUCUACGUCACCUCUACCACCUCCACCACCUGUUUUACCUCCACCUCCUCCUCCUCCUCCACCUCCUGCUCCAACUGUAUCUUCACUUCCUGCUCAGCCAUUAGAUGUGCCUAGAUGUGUGCCUCCACCACCUCCACCCAUGGGAGGAUGUGGUUCACCAUCACCACCUCCACCAAUUCUCGGCUCUUUCCCCCCUCCUCCUCCUGGAGUUGGUAUCUUCUUCAAUAGAGUGACAGACAACACUCCUCGCAAACCGUCAGUGGAACCGGUCUGUCCAAUGAAACCACUCUACUGGACUCGAAUACAGAUUCAAGAUAAAAGAAAUGAUGUACUGUGGAGCUCACUGGAAGAGCCAGAGAUAAUAAACACUAAUGAGUUUGCAGAAAUGUUUGCUAAAGCCACAUUGCCCACCAAAAGAAAGCUCCUGUCCGAGACCAAUGUGAAGAAAGGCAAAGCGAAGAGGGUCAUCAAGCUACUGGAUGGCAAGCGCUCUCAUGCGGUGGGCAUCUUAAUCUCAAGUCUCCACCUGGAGAUGAAGGACAUCCAGCAAGCUGUUUUGACUCUGGACAACUCAGUGGUUGACUUGGAUGCUAUUGAAGCCCUGUAUGAAAAUAGAGCUCAGCCUGAAGAGCUAGAGAAGAUUAAGAAACACUAUCAAACUUCAGAUGAGGAGCAGAUCAAACUAUUGGACAAGCCUGAACAGUUCCUUUAUGAACUCUCCCAGAUUCCUGAAUUCUCCAGUCGAGUUCACUGUUUCAUUUUUCAUUCAAACUUUACUGAUGCCAUUGCCUCCAUCCAGCGCAAGACAGAGAUUAUUCUUCACAUCUGCAAGUAUCUGUUGGAGAAAGACAGUGUGAAGGAGGUGAUGGGGCUGGUGCUUGCUCUAGGAAACUACAUGAAUGGAGGGAGCAGAGCUCGAGGUCAGGCAGAUGGCUUUGGGCUUGAGAUUCUUCCUAAGCUUAAAGAUGUCAAGAGCAGGGACAAUCGCACAAGCCUGUUGGAUUACAUUGUUUCCUACUAUCUGCAUCACCUUGAUGAGAAUGCUGGGACGGAAAAGAGUAUCUUUCCAUUGCCUGAACCUCAAGAUGUUUUUCUUGCCUCUCAAAUUAAGUUUGAAGACCUCUCAAAGGAUCUGAGAAAGUUGAGCAGAGACUUGGCAGUUUGUGAAAAGGACGUCCUAACUGUGUGUUCUAUUUCAUCUCAAGAAUACAUGCAUCCAUUCAAGGAGAAAAUGGACUUUUUUAUUGCUAACGCACAAAAAGAGGUCAUUUCUAUGGAACACCAAGUGAUAUCAGCACGUAAAAGGUUCUGUUACCUGGUGGAGUUCUUUGGGCUGAAGCCACGUUCUGGAGAGCAAGAGAUUGUGCCUGGCCAUGUUUUCACACUUUGGUUUGAAUUCUGUAAUGACUUCAAGAUGAGAUGGAAGAGAGAGAACAAGGUCAUGUCCAAACAGAGACUCAAAGAGGCCCAACAGUCAGUGCGCAACAUCACAGCAGUGAAGAAAAUUGAGACCAGAAUGGCCCAAGCAAAUGGACUGAAAGAGAGAGUACGACUGAAAGAAGCAAGUCUGACCACCAACUAAAACUCUCUGCCAUUUUCAAAGAGGACCAGAUAUAUUUUUAUGCAAGACCUCCAGCCUGUUCUGGCCCAGACACCUGAAUUUCUUGGCAGG